GUAGCCUUCCUAAAAGAAAGAAAAUGGAAUCCUGAAAUCGCACUUAGCUAAACAGUCAGGCGUUUUUCAGAGAAUAUUACAAAAACAACAGGAUUGUACGAUUACAUUGCUCCUAUCGUCAUUGAACAGCAGCUGGAUCUUGCUGAAGAUUGGAGAACGUCCCUCACACCCCUCCCUUCUGAAUCAAUGGAAGGGUCUGACAGUUUAGAGAGUGGCAGUGACCAGCCAGAGUCACAGCGCAGAAGGCAGCUGGACCGUCUGGGCAGGGAGGAGGCCUUCUAUCAGUUUGUCAACAAUCUCAGUGAUGAGGACUAUCGUCUUAUGAGAGACAACAACCUUUUGGGCACCCCAGGAGAGGUAACUGAGGAUGAGCUGUUUAGUAGACUUCAACAAAUCAAAGAUGGUCCAGAACAGCAGAAUAACACCCCUAGUACUGAAAGUGGAGAAGAUCCAGUUGACCCACCAGAAAGCUCUGAGGAUCCUGCCAGUGGGGAAAGUCUCCUGGACUGGCUGAACACAGUGAGACGCACAGGCAACACAACCAGAACUGGUCAUCGUGGAAACCAGUCAUGGCGGGCUGUAAGCCAGACCAACCCAAACAGUGGUGAUUUUCGCUUCAGCCUGGAAAUCAGUGUGAACCGCAACCUGGCUGAACAGCAGGCAGCUGCUGAAGGGGAGCAGGAGCCUCCAGAUGAUGCUCCGGAAAAUGCUCCAGAAAAUGCUUCAGAAGAUACUCCAGAGGAGGCUCCAGAGGGUCACGAAGUGGUGGCAAAUGCUGAGCCACAGGUCCCUAUGGAGACAGAAGUAGUGGAAGAACCAGUGGUAGAGGAGUUGGCUGUCAUAGUGGAACCAGAGCCUGAAUUAGAAGAGGUUGUUUCACAAGAGAUUUUAGGAGAAACUCCCAGCUCACCUGCUGCACUGCCAGUACAACCCCCACUUUCUCCUUCUCCACGCAGAGGACAAAGGAGAGCCCGCAGCCGCAGUCCGGAACAGCGCAGGACUAGGGCCCGUACGGCCAGAAGCCGCUCCCCUCUCAACUUGGAUCAGCUGGAUGGUCUCCCUAUUCCACGUCAUGUUCACAGCUCUCAAGGCUCCAACGCUGCCACCAAUGCAGCCCCUGUGCCUCAAGUGGAGGGCAGUUCUCGGACUCGACAACAUGUUCUUUCCAGGCAAAGCACUGCUGACAGUGAUGCUCAGCCAUCUAUGGCUGGUGCGGAAUUGGUCCCAGAGGUCCAGAAUGUCGCAUCUCAGGAAGGAGACGCUGCUGGGGGGGAUGGGGGUGCAGCAGGGCGCCGCCCCCCUACUAUUAUGCUUGAUCUCCAGGUGCGUCGUGUGCGUCCAGGCGAAUAUCGCCAAAGAGACAGCAUUGCUAGUCGUACACGCUCGCGCUCCCAGAACUCAAACAACACAUUUCUUUAUGAGAGUGAACGUGGUGGAUUUCGUAGGACUUUCUCACGCUCUGAGCGUGCUGGUGUGAGGACCUACGUCAGCACAAUACGCAUCCCUAUCCGUAGAAUCUCUGAUGCAGGUUUGGGAGAGGCAACCUCAAUGGCUCUCCAGUCUAUGAUUCGACAGAUUAUGACUGGUUUUGGUGAACUCGGCUACCUCAUGGAUUCAGACUCUGAUUCUUCAGAUUCAAACCGUGGAGCCAACACACCUGUGGAUCUGGCUGAAGCCCUCAACAACUCAGAUACUACUCCUGCUGCCGCUCCUACUGCUGAUGUUGAUGAACCACCUGUAGCUGCUGCAGUUAGAACAAGGACAGCUGAUACUGAUGUGGAUGAGGGCCUUGCCACUGGUCCACCAGCCUCUGGUGGCAGGGCUCGACCUAGACCACCUAAUACCCUAGAGGAGUCCAAUUCACUGCCCCUACUGCGGCUCGCUCACUUCUUCCUCUUAAAUGAUGACGAUGAGGACCAGCCCCAAGGGCUGACCAAAGAGCAGAUUGAUAACCUCUCCAUGCGCAACUUUGGUGAGAGUGAUGCCCUGAAGACUUGCAGUGUCUGCAUAACAGAGUAUGCAGAAGGUAACAAGCUACGUAAGCUGCCCUGUUCUCAUGAGUACCAUGUGCACUGCAUUGAUCGCUGGCUGUCCGAAAACUCCACUUGCCCCAUCUGCCGCAGGGCUGUCUUGGUAUCAGCCAACCGAGAGAGUGUGGUGUAACCCAUAAAAGACUGCAGGCCUUUUGUCUCAGCUUCAGUAAUCUCCCAGUAAUAUCCCAAGUCCAUAAAUGGCUUUGAGGAAAUGUGUCUCCACUGUUCACUCUACAUACCAUUUGUGAGUUUGAUCAUAAUGCAGUCACAGGUUUGAUUUGGGGUGCCCCAUACAGUGACAUUGGGACAUAUUCAGUUUCUACUAAGACAUUUAUUAUUGCAGUCCAAAGUUUGGCACAAGCAGUGCAUGCUGUUUGAAUCAACCUGUAGUGACCAAGCAGUUUGUUGCAUUGCAUCAAGCCAUGCUCACAAGCAGACCUGUUUCUCAUAAAGAAUCCCCUGGUAAUAAAUGCUGCACACCUGCAGGUAGUUCAGGCACAUUUUCUUUUUUGUAUUAGCUCCUAAAUGGCGCCUUACAUACCAGAAGUUGGGUAUUGGGACAGUUCUUUGGAACACCAGUUCAAAGUAUUAGCUGUAAAUAAGCUUGUAAAAACUAAUUUUGAAUCAUACUUUGUAUCAGUGAAUCGGUUUUGGACUGUAAAUUAUCUCUUAUGAAGAUUAGGGUGGUGUUGGCCGCAAUUACUCUCUCAGAGAAUCCCUAAGUAGGUUGUAUUGGUGUACACAGCAGAAUUAUUUCUAGGUUGUGAUGUCCAAAGGAUAUAGGACAUUAAGGUUUGCAAUUUAUAGUGUGACUUGUACUCUCCCUUUUUGUUCACCUGAAAGAAACAAACUACUAUUUUGGAGGAGCAUAUACCAUGAAAAUUCUCAGUGUGCUAAAUUGUUUUUAAAAAAUAAGAUGUUGUACAGAUACAUGAGAAAGAUAAAUCCAACUAGGUUACUUUUGUAAAGCCGAGUUUAUUUUGGAAUCAUAUAGCGUCUUUAUUGAAUUGAUCAUUAAAAAUCGAGUAGUAUGCAUACCAGAAAUUGAGGGAUGUCUCAAUAUUGGCAGGAGAUACUGGGUUAAUAUCAAGUACUUGGCAUGUGAAUUUUCCCACUUCAAAAAUACUAUACUAACAGGCAUGACAUGUCAAAAAAUUUGAAUAUAGUCACUUUUUCUUUUCUCCCCCACAUGUAAAAUUUAAUUUUCUUUUUAAUGUACAGCAGUGAUUUCACAAUCAUUUUGUCCUGUCAUCCAUCACCUAUUGGUCUGAUUCUUUGUUUCGACAAACAUAUUGGAUUGUUUUUAAUUAUCGACUGAUGACUGAUGAUUUCUAAGCCGGUAUUGCACAAAUGACCAGAAAUUGACCUAAAGUGAAAUGUAGACUUGCCUUAUGAAGAUCUCUCUACCUGUAGAUCCACCUCAAUGUACAAGUGAUAAGUUAUUAAUCCAAAGGUUUGUGUGUCAUUUGGGUGACAUUUACCAAGUCGGAAAAAAUCACAUCAUCAUCCUGUCUUAGCAAGGCUCCAGUAAAAGACAAGAUGCUCACCCACUGUACCCUCCUGCCUCAUGAGCAGAUGCUCCAUAUCAGUGUGCAAUACAUGCUAAAGUGAAAGUAGAGAAAAACAAACAUGAUAUAAAUGUAUGCUGUUGUUGAAAACUGUUGUUAAUGGCUAAAAUCUUAAAUGAAGACUUAUUCAAAUGUGUUGAAGUUCAUUUUAUUUUAUUUAGAGAUUCUGUAGGUUUCAGUAGCACUGUUGAUGAACAGGAACACUGGCUAAAGGAAGAAAAGGGCAUCACUGUCAAUGCCAUCCUGUCAUGUUUCUUGUUUCACUUGAUGUCUUUGCCACAAUUAUUACUUCCCUUUGAGGGACAUAAAACUUUGAAUGCAAGACAUUGUCAUUGUUAAAUACCAUAAACAUGUAAAGGAAAUGUAUGUUCCCUUUUAGGCCAUGCUUUAGUUUUGGCCUUGUUCUGUGACCCAUCCAGUGCAGUAUGUUAACUGGGUGUUAAAUGAAACUAACCGCUGAAUUAAACAUGUUGUUAUGCUUCAAAAUGGAUUGCAGGUAUGCAUUUUGUACAGUGGCUGUUGGGUAAUUUUAUUCUGCAUCCAGGUGCACACAGUAUUAGUUACUAUGUAUACCUUUAUAUAUUAAACCAUACAAAUGCACUGUUAUUUCCACGUUUGCU